AAUGAUUUUGAGAGAGGAUCUGAACUUAGGAGGAGGUUCCCAGCUUACUAUUCUCAGUGACAUGCAAAAGGGACUUAUAGCUGCUGCUGAAGAAAUAUUACCUGAAUGUGAGCACGGGAUGUGUGCUAGACAUAUCUUAGCAAAUUGGUCACAAAACUGGAGAGGCAUAGAGAGAAGGAAGAAAUUCUGGGCUUGUGCUAGAGCAACAUUUGAAGUAGAUUUUAAGUAUAAGCUUGAUGGUCUAGCUAGGUUGGGUAGAGGUAUUGUGGAGGACCUUAUCAAGUACAACAAAGAGAGAUGGUGCAAAGCAUACUUCCAAACUUUCUCCAAAUGUGACAAGUGUGGAUAA